AUGUUCACUCGUAAUGCUCUGGCUGCCGCCGCGGUUCUCGCGUCAUCGGCUUACGCGCAAUCGCUCAAUAUCUCGUCUGGAUGCGAGUCUACGCUUGCAGGCAUCGCUGCGUCGCCGGACGCAACUUGCAUAAACGCAGCCGGCCUCGUCACCUCCUUCGCGACCGUGAACGGAGACACCUCGCUGAUCACACCACUCAACUCAUGGUUGGAGGGUCUGUGCUCGCAGGACGCAUGCUCGAACUCGACGCUUAACUCUAUUGUCACCAAUGUCACCAACGGUUGCUCAAGCGAUUUGAGCGCCCUCGGCUACAGCUCGGACGACACACAGGUCGUGAUCCAGGCUGUGCAGCAAUACUACCCGACCGUCCGCUCGCUCGUGUGCUUGCAGAACUCGACAUCACACAAUCUGUGCAUCACCGACGCGCUCAACACCGUCCAGUCAAGCCUGGGCACCACCCUGAGCGAGAAUGGCCUCGAAAGCAUGGUCACGGGCCUCAUCAGCGGCAGCACCAACCUGACCAAGGCGCUCCCGCCGUCGCUCAUCUGCUCCGACUGCACCAAGGCCGCCGUCCAGCUCAUUAACACCGACCAGCCCGGUCUUAUCCCCUCCGACGCCACCGACUACUUCAACCAGCAGUGCGGCUCGAACUUCACAAGCGGCUCUAUGCCGUCCACUGUCGCGGAGACGGCCAAGGGCGAGGGUCUCGCUUCCCAGUCAAGCGGUGCCCUCGCGAGCUUCCCUAUCAAGUCGCUCGUCGGCUCGCUCAGCGUGCUCGCGUCGGCGUUCGUCAUCCUUGCAUAG